CAAACAACACUGGCUUACCUUCUGCCUCUGCCGAAGGACGGGAUAAUGUAUGCCGGUUCCUCCAUGUCCUGCUACGCCGACGGCUAUCCCAGUCCUUCCAUCUCACUCUUCUUGAAGCAACCCCUGCGCCAGUAUAAGACGGAGCCCAUCGUGGAUCCGAGUCAGUACCUGAUCACGACCUCACCCAUGCCGCCCACUGACUUCCUCCUUGAUGACUCCGCCAUCUCCUCCACUACUCGCAUCGGCCUGCGUCCUGACGAGUACUCAAUUAGGGGAGCACAUCUGACCUUGGCCUAUAAUGCCACGCCGGGGGUGGAGCUACUGUUGGUCUGCACUGCGGGUAAUGCUCUCCCUCAGGCACCAGACUUUCUUGGUGCCAACAAAACCAUUGCGACCGCGCGGUUUGUUGUUGCAGAUACUUUCCGAAUCGGUAAAUUACGAGCCUCCGCUUUUGCUGCAACGCCCUAA